AUGACACGUGGGAUUCUUUCCAGUGAGUCCGACAAAACCCAGGAGCCACUUCCUUUCCAGUACCACAAUGGCCCUCUUCUCUUUGGAAAAAUCUCCAUUAACCUGAUAUGGUACGAAAACUUCAAGCCAUCCCAACGAGCCAUUGUCUCCGACUUCAUUACCUCCCUUACUUCUCCAUCUUCUUCCAAACCCAGCACAGACCAGCCAUCAGUCAACAUGUGGUGGAAGACCAUCGAAACCUACCAGCGCCUUGCCAACUCCGACUCCAAGAAACCUUCGUCCCUCUCCAUCUCAUUAGGAGCCGAGUUCAUCGACGAGGCCUACUCUCUCAUAAAAACGUUGACAAGUAAACACAUCAUGCGCCUGGCCUCCAAGGGCGGUCAAAAGGAUGCCAUCAACGUUGUUUUGACUGCCGAUGACGUUGCCGACAACAAAUUGAGAGGAAAUAUAAAGAGCUCCAAGUUCGCUUACAUCUGGGUCGGAAACUUAGAGACCCAGUGCCCAGGUCAAUGCGCAUGGCCGUUCCACCAGCCCAUUUACGGACCACAAGCACAGCCACUGAUUGCUCCAAACAACGACGUGGGUCUUGACGGAGUGAUCAUCAACCUGACUAGCCUUUUGGCUGGAACCGCAAUGAACCCGUUCGGAAAUGGGUACUUCCAAGGGCCGAAGGAGGCUCCACUAGAGGCGGGUUCGGCUUGUCCCAGUACUUUUGGGAAGGGGGCCUACCCUGGAUAUGCCGGUGAUCUCUUGGUUGACCCCACAACUGGUGCCAGCUACAAUGCUCACGGCGGCAAUGGAAGGAAGUACUUGCUUCCGGCUCUGUUUGACCCUUCCACCUCCACUUGUUCUACCUUGGUUUGAUCAGCUUGAGAUACGAAUUAAGAGCAUUUGGAGGUGUUAUAUGAUAUGAUAUGAUGUGCCUAAUACUUGUUA